UCGGCAUCAGCUUUACCUUGUUGUAAUGUAUUCUGUGAUUCUCCAUGGAAGAAGGUUGGUCCAGUUGCAGAAAUUGCCUUAUCUGAGAUUUGCAGUAGAAAAUGCAUCUACUUUUUCCAAUCCGUUCUCUUCUGCUGCAAGUGAUGCUGAUGUGAGCCUUGGAGAUGGUCGAAAAGGCAAGACUUUCACAGUCUCUUACCUCGUUGAUUCAUUGGGUUUAUCGAAAAAGCUCGCAGAAUCUAUUUCUAGGAAAGUCAGCUUCUGUUCUGGCAAGGGUAAUCCUGAUUCUGUUCUGAGUCUUUUGAGAAGUCAUGGGUUCACAGAUACUCAGAUCUCCACCAUCAUUACGAAUUACCCACGAUUGCUUACAUUAGAUGCUGAGAAAUCCCUUGGUCCCAAGCUUCAGUUUCUGCAGUCAAGAGGAGCUUCAAGCUCUGAGCUCACUCAGAUUGUUUCUACAGUUCCUAAAAUCUUGGGAAAGAGAGGGCACAAAACUAUCAGCAGAUACUAUGAUUUCGUCAAAGUCAUUAUAGAAGCGGACAAGAGUUCCAAGUACGAGAAGUUAUGUCAUUCUUUGCCACAGGGUAGUAAGCAGGAGAACAAAAUCCGAAAUUUAUUGGUUUUGAGAGAACUGGGGGUGCCUCAGAGGUUGUUAUUCUCCCUGCUCAUCUCCAAUCAACAUGUCUGCUGUGGAAAAGAAAUUUUUGAAGUAUCACUCAGAAAGGUCGUUGAUCUGGGUUUUGAUCCCACCACCUCAACGUUUGUCGAAGCCCUGUGCACUGUUUACGGAAUGAGCGACAAAACAAUAGAAGAAAAAGUCGAUGUCUAUAAAAGGUUAGGCUUUGCUGUGGAAGAUGUAUGGGCAAUGUUCAAGAAGUGGCCACUCUCUCUUGCAAACUCGGAGAAGAAGGUAGCCAACUCCAUUGAAACAUUUCUUGGUCUAGGAUUCAGCAGAGAUGACUUUGUAAGGAUAGUCAAGCGGUUUCCUCAGUGCAUUGGAUUAUCUGCAGAGUUGGUGAAGAAGAAGACUGAGUUUGUGGUGAAAAAGAUGAAUUGGCCACUAAAGGCUCUGGUUUCAAACCCUCAGGUACUUGGAUUAAGCAUGGAGAAGAGGAUUGUCCCAAGGUGUAACGUAAUCAAAGCUCUCAUCUUAAAAGAUCUGCUUGGAGACACAAGAAGCAAACUCCCUCCACUCCGGUAUGUUUUGAUUACGGAUGAGAAGUUCUUGGAAAUGUAUGUCAGGAAGCACGAUGACAAGCAGCUUGUGGCCGAGUUGAUGGCUAUCUUCACUGAAGAGCACGCUUCAUAGAUCAGAAGUGGAAAAGUUAGCAGCAUUCAGGGCAAUGAAAGGAAGUGCCGAGAAAAGAAAUCAGCAAAAGAUCAAUAACAAAGAUAGCAACAAAACUUGUAUACCUAACGAAUCUGAGGUGAGAAAAGAAAGAAGUAGAAGAAGAACAAGAAUUUCCAUCAGAAAUUGAAGAGUUUGAUCCAAUUGGUUCUGAAAUGGAAGUAUUUGCAUGAAAGGAGAGGAAAGUAAAAUAUUCAUUUCUGGUAGGAAAAGUAAAAUUGGUGCUUAGAAAAAGUAAAAACACUUUCUUGUGAGGACCAUUCGUGUAAUUGUAGUCCAGGGCUCAGUUUGGAAAUUCGAAAAACCUUCUUGUAUCGGACACCACAACUCAUAAACCCUAGCUUUUUUCAAAAUUUGGAUUUUUGGGUUUCGAACUCGAACACUCAUCGAUUGAAGCUAGAUUAGUCAAAUUGCUUCAAGCUGUGGCCUUUCUUGUUCGGUAAUAGCUUUUCUAUGUAAUGUAUUCUCUGAUACACCAUGGAAGAAGGUUGGUCCAGUUGGAGAAAUUGCCUAAUUUCAGAGUUUCAGUGCAAACCGCAUCUUCUUUGUCAAAUUCGUUCUCUUUUACUAGUGUUGCUGAUGCGAGCCUUAGAGAUGGUCUUAAAGGGAACAACUUUACCAUCUCUUACCUCGUUGAUUCAUUGGGUUUAACCACAAAACUCGCAGAAUCGAUCUCAAAGAAAGUCAGCCUCGAGGACAAGGAAAAUCCGGAUUCUGUUGUGAGUCUUCUUACAAGUUAUGGCUUCACAAAGUCUCAGAUUUCAAGUAUCAUUACGAUUUACCCACGAUUGCUUAUAUUACAUGCUGACAAAGUCCAUUGCUCCUAAGCUUCAGUCUCUGCAGUCCAGAGGAGCUUCAAGCUCUGAGCUUACUGAGAUUGUUUCUACAGUUCCUAAGAUCUUGGGAAAGAGAGGGCACAAAUCUAUAUCUGUAUACUAUGAUUUCGUCAAAGACAUCAUAGAAGCUGAUAAGAGUUCUAGUUACGAAAAACUAUGCCAUUCUUUUCCACAGGGUAACAAGGAAAACAAGAUCAGAAAUAUCUCUGUUUUGAGAGAAUUGGGUGUGGCUCAGCGUUUGUUAUUCCCCUUGCUCAUCUCUGAUAGCCAACCUGUUUGUGGGAAAGAAAGAUUUGAAGAAUCACUCAAGAAGGUUGUUGAGAUGGGUUUUGAUCCGGAGACCUCAAAGUUUGUUGAAGCUCUGCGCGUUAUUUACAGAAUGAGCGACAAAACAAUAAAAGAAAAAGUCAAUGUUUACAAAAGGUUAGGCUUUGGUGUGGCUGAUGUAUGGGCAAUCUUCAAGAAGUGGCCUUCUUUUUUGUCAUACUCAGAGAAGAAGAUAACUCAUACGUUUGAAACCCUUAUGAGGUGCGGUCUGCUCAAACACGAGGUCCUGUCAUUGAUAAAGAAGCAUCCAAAGUGCAUUUGUUCUUCAGAGCAGAAGAUAGUAAACUCCAUUGAAAAUUUUUUAGGCCUAGGAUUCAGCAGAGACGAGUUUGCGAUGAUGAUCAAGCGUUAUCCUCAAUGCAUUGACUAUACUGCCGAGACAGUGAAGAAGAAAACUGAUUUUAUUGUGAAGAAGAUGAAUUGGCCACUAGAGGGUUUGGUUUUGAUCCCUCAGAUAUUUGGAUACAGCCUGGAGAAGAGGACUGUCCCAAGGUGUAAUGUAAUCAAAACUCUCAUGUCAAAAGGAUUGCUUGGAAGUGAAAUCCCUCCAAUGUCAUCUAUUUUGACAAGUACCGAUCAGGCAUUUUUGAGGAGGUAUGUGAUGAAGUACGACAAGCUGGUGCCUGAGUUGAUGGCUAUCUUCACUGGAGAAAAUGGUAAGUGAAAAGUGGAGCUUUUAUAUAUAGCAGAAGGCCUACCCUACACUACAACAAUGAGCAGCAUUAAGGUUUGUAUUGUUGUGAGCUUUUAGAUUCAUCCAUGAAUCUUUUGACAUCAUCAGACAAUGAGAAGUGAAAAGAGGAGAUUUAUUUACAAACCUCUGAUACAUGUUUAGACUUCUGUAAUCUCAAUUUGAUGUGGAUCUGACUCGUUUUAAUA